UCGCUGUUCAGAAGCACAGAGCUCAAGAGUUUCUGCAAACGCGUAGCUGUGAACAGUUUUAUAUGAGUGCUUUCAAUGGAUUUUUUUCCCAAAUUAAUUUUAGGAACGAGAUGCUUCUUUAUUCAUGAAAUCUGUUGCAGAUCCGUAUUGCGACAGUCUUAACUUCGUGUCGUUGAAAAUGUAGACAGCAAAUCUCACGAGACCAAAAGUGUUCAGUGGAAAUGCAUGAAGUCUUGGUUCUGCUUAUCCUGAUAGAGGAGGGCUUUGCAUUGGCACAGAAAACUCAAGCUAUGCCUCAGAUUGUGGCUGUUGAGGAUAAGAAGCCUGCUCACUGUGGAACUUUGAUCCAGACAGCAAAUGGAGGAUCAUUCAGUUCCCCAAACUACCCCAGCACCUACCCACCAAACAAGGAGUGUGUGUACAUACUGGAGGCUCAUCCACGGAAGAGAAUCCAGCUCGCCUUCGAUGACAUCUACUACAUCGAGCCGUCCUUCGAGUGCCGCUUUGAUAACAUUGAAAUCCGUGAUGGACCAUUUGUUUUCUCUCCGUUGAUUAAUCGGUUCUGUGGGCCAAAUAGUCCAGGGAUUGUCACCUCCUCUGGACGCUUCAUGUGGAUCAGAUUUGUUAGUGAUGAGGAGCUUGAAGGCAUGGGUUUCAGGGUGGAGUAUUCAUAUACUGCAGAUCCAGAUUUUCAUCUUCAUGUUGGAGGACUCUUGAAUCCCAUUCCAGACUGUCAGUUUGAAUUGUCUGGAUCAGAUGGCAUAAUCAGAUCUAGUCAAGUUGACGAGGAAAACAAGGUGAAAUCAGGGGAAGCAUUGGAUUGUAUUUGGACCAUACGAGCUCCGCCGAUGUCUAAGAUCUAUCUCCGCUUUCUGGAGUACCAGCUGGAGAACUCAAAUGAGUGUAAGAAAAACUUUGUUGCGAUCUAUGAAGGCAGUAAUGCCAUUGAAGAUCUAAAGGCCAAGUUCUGCAGCACUGUUGCCAAUGACAUCACACUUGACAAUCCCGUGGGUGUUGUUCGAUUGUGGGCCGACGAGAACAGCAAACUGAGUCGGUUCCGUAUGCUCUUUACAGUCUUUGCUGAACCUCCGUGUUCGGCCAAUACAUUUUUCUGUCACAGCAACAUGUGCAUCAACAAUACUCUGGUCUGUAAUGGUGUUCAGAACUGUGUGUUUCCCUGGGAUGAGAACAAUUGCAAAGAAAAGAAGUCUAAAAGUUUUUUGCAGCAAAUGAGUAGAACUCAUUGCACUGUGAUUGGAGUGGCCACUGGUGUUGUUUUUCUUCUUCUCAUCAUAUCUGUAUUUAUACAGAUGAAGCAGCCGAGAAAGAAGGUUUUGAGCCGUAAAGGUUUAUUCAGCACUGCAGAGAUGCAGGAGGUGCUGGAGCCGCCUCAGUAUGAGCUGUUCUCCAUGCGGGAAGCUGAACUGCCGGAUGAGCUGUCCGAGGAGCUGGAGGGUCUGCAGAAACUCCGCCGGUCCUCCAGCAUGUCCCGCUGCGUGCACGAGCAUCACUGUGGAGCUCAGAGCAACGCUGCCUCCAUUAUUAUGGCAACCAGACCGCAUCAUCUCGCGCGGGGCUCUGAGGAGCUGAGUACGGUUGUCGGGGCCAGAGGCUGGGGUAGUUUCCAUGGACGCAGGAGCAGCUCGCGUUCGCACCCUUUCACGCACGAUCCACACUCUCACGCUUACAGCGCACAGAGUCUGCACGAGGCACUGGAAGAUGAAGACCUCGGGCUGGAGGGACGCGUGAUGGAAGAAAUCGGCUACAAUGAUUUCGCACGUGGACGCAAUGUCGUGAUGGUACGUAACCCUGUCCAGCAGCGUUCUCUCUCUAUGGACUUCUGAGUGGAGGGUCAGAAUCAGCUGACACUUUUUACAUCCUGUUUAAAAAUACAAUAAUAUAAUUCAUACAGGGGUGGAGCUAGGAGGCUGUGGCCACCAUUGACCGACAAUUAACCAUUUCUGUCUUUUUUAUCUUGACCAGACGUGAGUUUAUUUAGAUGUACAACCGUCUCUUUACGAUCCCAACACACGGUUUUUAAGUGCGCACACAAAGUUUACAUCAGUGCCAGGCGCAAAUCAUUCAAAAGCAUUGAAAAACGGGUGCUGGGGAAACUCAGUGCCUCCGGUGAAUAGUAGAUAUAAAAAAUCGCUGAAAAGCUGGGUAAAUACAAGUUGGUUAAAUGUGGAGAUGAAUAAAGCAGCGACAAAUCUUUAAAAAAUUUGUACUGUGGGUUUGUGCCAUAUUCCGAGAUCUGAGCCACAGAACGCUAAAUACACAUACUCUCUUACUCUUUCUGAUUAUUUGUAAGUGUGAAUGCGUGAAUUGUAUUCAGUAGUGUAGUAGGCACUAAAAGUGUCCAUCGCUGCGUAUCUCAAAUACAUUGUGACCUAAGUUGAUCGCAGGGACCAUUGGUGUCAAUGGUUCAAUGAUCUACUUAGGCCUACAUGCUUUUGGAGACGUAGCCCAGUAAGUUAUAUGGUCUAACUAAUUUUUUUAUGUUUGAAUUAUGAACAUUUCUGUGCCACCCCAGAAAUGCCUGGCCACACCAAUGAAAAUAUCUUGGCUCCGUCACUGAAUACAUAGCUGUAAAUGUUCACAAUUGCUCACACCUUCUUUUAUUAUUUUAGUUUUUUUUUUUUUUUUGGUCGUAGUUUUAUGUGUGACCUCUUUUCCGUUCAUAUAAUUUAUUUCAGGCCAAGUAGAGUAGUUUUUAUUGGUGUUAUUCUCAUUCCUCAAUUCUAAAUUGUAGGAAGAGCGGGUUUCUACCACGUUUGAACAUUUCUUUGGAUUAGUUUUUGCUUGCUGAACAAUUGUCUAAUGAUUCAUUCAUUUUGUAUCCACAUCAUUUUGACAAACAGCUCAUGUCUUUGUGUCACCUGCAUGAGCCUGUUUUGAAUUUGAAUAUAUUUAAAAAUGUAAUUUAUUCCUUUGGUAGUAACGUUGAAUAUUCAAAAUCAUUACUCCAGUCUUCAUUGUCACAUGAUCUUUCGGAAAUCAUUCUAAUAUUCUGAUUUGAUGCUCAAGAAACAUUUAGAAUAGAAUAGUAUAGUAUGUGGUUCUGAAUUCAACACAUGAUUAGCUGGUUCAGGUGUGUUUAUUAGUCGAAAAUUGGCCAUACAGGAUUGGACACCUAUUUUAACAGCACAUUGUGGAGAGAAAAGGGUUCAGUAUAGUUAAUGUACUAUAGUUUUAUGGGCAAAACUGUCAUACUGUCAGAAACAUACCUUGGCUUCUACUUCAUUAAACCUAAAUCUCCUUCUGAAUAAAGAUGUGUGACAUUAUUGUGAAAAUGCAAGGAGAAUGGACUAUGGACAGUGGAUUGUGUCUGUAUUCAUUUUGCUUCUUUUCCCCUUUUUUUUCAUCCCAACUAAUCUCAGCCUAGUCGGAAAAUUACUAAAACUAACUAAAAUGAAUUCUACCAUACUAGAAUAUCGUAAUGAUGCUAUAAAACUGCCUUGAACGGAAGUUCAUAGAUUUUGGUAUUAAUUUUUUUUAAAUAAAACUGUCAUUAAGAUAUUUAAUAAAAACUGUUCUUAUAAGGCACUUGAGAUAUAUUGUGAUCUAUAUUUGCAUGUUUGUAUUGAAUAUAUUCAUAAUAGAGAACGUGCUCGGGUACUAUAAUUAUUGCUUAAUAUUUGGGUAUUUUUUAGUUUGUUUUUUAUUCACGUGAGCAUGCAAACUUUCAACAUUCUUUUUCUGGGGUUUUUUGUUUUCUUUUUUCUUUUUAGUAUGAGGUAUUCCCCAUAUACAACAGCCCGUAGGCAGACAUUCAUAUUAUAGUAAAUCAUUUUUUAUAAUACAAUAAACAUAGUAAAUAUGUAACCAGUUGACUAAGUUAGAUAAUAGAUCUAUGUUGCAAAUUUCCCCAGUUUCCUUUUUCUGUGAACACUUUUUCUUUCUUUUUUCCCAAGUGCACUGUCAGGUUUGCCUGACUCGCUGUGCAGCCGAAUGAUAUUUAUGGCCAUGUUACGCCCUUUUUCAUACUGUAACAUAUUUCCGAUUAUUAUUAUUUUAUUUUUUUCUGUGUUCUUUGGUUUUGUUCAUUUAAUUUUAUUCUGAUCCAUGUUCUUGUCCUUGUUUCUUCUUGACCAUUUUGGUUAGCCUUCAUGGUUUGUCAAUAUCCCAGUUAUGACUCAUGUCACACGUCCUAGAUUGUCAUGUGAAGUUUUGUUAUUUGAAAUAAAGUAAAUAUAAUUUGUUUUCUUUACAGCACA